GGCGCGGGCGGCUGGGUUCAGGGCACCGAGGUUGCCCGUGCUCCUGGGCUCCGUUUGCACGGCUCACUCCCGAAGGUGUUGCUUCCAGCAUUUGCCUCCUUAAGGAAGCAGGGAGCGUCAGUGUCGGGAGACCCUGAGACCAGAGUGCCGGAGCUGGUGAUGCCCCCGCCAGCCUUCAAGUGUUCUCAGGUUCUUCUUUUUAUUCAUCUCCAGAACAUGGACUUCCCGUGCCUCUGGCUACAGCUGUUGCUGCCUUUGGUAACUGCGCUGGAUUUCAACUACCACCACCAGGAAGAGAUGGAAGCGUUUUUGAAGACUGUUGCCCAAAACUACAGUUCUAUCACUCACUUACACAGUAUUGGGAAAUCUGUGAAAGGUAGAAACCUGUGGGUUCUUGUUGUGGGGCGGUCUCCAAAGGAACACAGAAUUGGGAUUCCGGAGUUCAAAUAUGUGGCGAAUAUGCAUGGAGAUGAGACUGUUGGGCGGGAACUGCUGCUCCAUCUGAUCAACCACCUCGUAACCAGUGAUGGCAAAGACCCUGAAAUCACAAAUCUGAUCAAUAGUACCCGGAUACACAUCAUGCCUUCCAUGAACCCAGAUGGAUUUGAAGCUGUCAAAAAGCCUGACUGUUAUUACAGCAUCGGAAGGGAAAAUUACAACCAGUAUGACUUGAAUCGAAAUUUCCCCGAUGCUUUUGAAUAUAAUAAUGUCUCAAGGCAGCCUGAAACUGAGGCAGUCAUGAAGUGGCUGAACACGGAGACGUUUGUCCUCUCUGCAAACCUCCACGGUGGUGCCCUUGUGGCCAGUUACCCAUUUGAUAAUGGUGUUCAAGCAACUGGGGCAUUAUACUCCCGAAGCUUAACUCCUGAUGAUGAUGUUUUUCAAUAUCUUGCACAUACCUAUGCUUCAAGAAAUCCCAACAUGAAGAAAGGAGAUGAGUGUAAAAGCAAAAUGAACUUUCCGAAUGGUGUUACAAAUGGCUAUUCUUGGUAUCCACUCCAAGGUGGAAUGCAAGAUUACAACUACAUCUGGGCCCAGUGUUUUGAAAUCACGUUGGAGCUGUCAUGCUGUAAAUACCCUCGUGAGGAGAAGUUGCCAUCCUUUUGGAAUAAUAACAAAGCCUCAUUAAUUGAAUAUAUGAAACAGGUACACCUAGGUAUAAAGGGUCAAGUUUUUGAUCAGAAUGGAAACCCAUUACCCCAUGUAAUUGUGGAAGUCCAAGACAGAAAACAUAUCUGCCCCUAUAGAACCAACAAAUAUGGAGAGUAUUAUCUCCUUCUCUUGCCUGGGUCCUAUAUAAUAAAUGUUACAGUCCCUGGACAUGAGCCAUACCUUACAAAAGUAAUUAUUCCAGAGAAAUCCCAGAACUUCAGUGCUCUUAAAAAGGAUAUUCUGCUUCCAUUUCAAGGGCAAUUGGAUUCUAUCCCAGCGUCAAAUCCUUCAUGCCCAAUGAUUCCUCUGUACAGAAACUUGCCAAGCCACUCAGCUGCAACAAAGCCUAGUUUGUUCUUAUUUUUAGUGACUCUUUUGCACAUAUUCUUCAAACAAAGUAAAAUGUGAAACUCAAGCCACAUCACCACCUGGAAUCAGGGAUUACUCACUCCAGGUUACUGCAACCCUAACUCACUCUAGUGGGACCUUGACUUGAGAAACUCCACAAUCUUCCUGAAGAAAAGUGGAUGUUUCUAAAUUCUGCAAUAAGCAGUAUGUGGUGAUAAUGAGAAGAAUGAGUCAGUCUUGAUGAUGAAUGGAAGACACAUACCUAGCACGUACUUCUCAUUUACACUCAAAUUAAUCUUGAAGUUGUCUUAAAAUUUGUAAGAAGUUAAAACUUGAGAAGCAAAAAAAAUGCCUUCCAAAGGAAGAUAAUUUUGUAUCCAGAGAACCGGAUGAAUAUAAGCAAUAAAGAUGAACAUUUAUUGAUCUUCUAUAUACAAGACCUACCAUGAGGCCAGACAUGGUGGCUCACGCCUUGUAAUCCCAGCACUUUGGAAGGCCAAGGCGGGUGGCUCACCCACCAGCCUCAGGAAUUCAAAACCAGCCUGGCCAACAUGGUGAAACCCCAUCUCUACUAAAAGUUAACGGAGUGUGGUAGCAGGUGCCUGUAAUCCUAGCCACUCGGGAGGCUAAGGCAGGAGAAUUGCUUGGACCUGGGAGGCAGGGGUUGCAGUAAGCCAAAAUUGCACCACUGCACUCCAGCUUGGGCAACAGAUUGAGACUCUGUCUCAAAAAAAAAAAAAGACCUCACCGUGAGUGCUAUAUGUGAAGAGAUAGUAAGUGCCAUAUAUUUUUAGUUCUCAGAGAAGGGAGAAAUUAUAGGACUGAGAAUUGUUUUGCAAAUGUUCUAGGAGAUGUGAGAGAAAAUAUGCAAGCAUAUUUGAGUGGCCCAAGAAAAUACAAGCCUGAAGGUAAAAGAUUGUGUCUCUAUAGAGCAUCAAAGCACACAAGUCAAUUAAGUAAGCCCCUCUCCCUCCAGAGCCACGUGUCCAUAGAUUUUGGCACGUGGCACCACAGUCAUCUGUUACGCUGAUGACUCCAAGGGUAUAACUCUAGCCUCUUGCCUGAGCUUCAGACUCACAUCCCACUGCCCACUGGACACAUGCACCUGGAUGUGACUCACAGGUACCUCAAACCUAUCAUGUGGAGAUACUCAUCCUGUUCCCCCUAGAGCUGCUCUUCCUGCUGCAUUGUCUUUCUCAGUUACUGGGACCACCAAGCUAGGAACCUUGGAGUCAUCCCUGAUACUUUCUCCUCCUCCUUAAUCCCAUGUAUUCAGCAAGUAACUAAAGAUUGGUGUUGGCUGGGCAUGGUGGCUCAUGCCUGUAAUCCCAGCACUUUGGGAGGCCAAGGCGGGCAGAUCACUUGAGGUCAGGAGCUUGAGAUCAACCUGGCCAACAUGGUUAAACCCCAUCUCUACUAAAAAAAAAAAAUACAAAAAUUAGCCAGGUAUGGUGGCACGCGCCUGUAAUCCCAGCUACUGGGGAGGCCGAGGCAGGGGAAUUGCUUGAACCCAGGAGGCAGAGGUUGCAGUGAGCCAAGAUGGCGCCAUUGCACUCCAGCCUGGGAGGAGAAGCAAAACUCGGUCUCAAAACUAAAAAAAAGAUUCGUGUUAAUGAUAAAUAUUGAUACAUUCUGCUCUUCUUGGUUGUCAGCACUGCAAAGUUGAGACCUCAUGCUUCACCUGCACUGCUGCAACAGCAUUUUGGUCCCUUGCUCCUUUCAGUCCCUCCUUCACACAGCACUGGGGAAGGGGAGCCACUUGAAACAAAAGUCCACAACUGCUCGUAGUUCAUAAACACAGAGCUGCUUGUGUCCCUGUAUCUGGAAUGCCAUUCUACCCACCACAUUUUUCCUUUCCCACUCCUCUUAAAACUCAGUUCAGGUAGCAGCUCCACUAGGAAGCCUUGGCUGACGAUAAUCCCAUUCAAUUCCAUUUCACCCCUUCCCAGGCAGUCUGGGGUUGGGGACCCUUCCUCUUUGCUCCCCAAAAUAAACUGUGUAUCUCUACUAUUGGAUUUACAACAUUGUAUUAUAAUCUUCUACUUCCAUGGGUGCCUUCUCUAGUAGAAUGUGAGCUCUUUGAAGCCAAGGUCUACUAAAUUUGUUGGAACAAUUCAUUUUAAUAUCCUCAAAGCCUAGCACAUAGUAGGUACUUAAUGAAUGAAUGAACAAACAAGGGGUUCCAGGAGCCUAUUACUCCCAGUGCUUCCCGGAAACCGCCUAGGGCUUUGUCAUUUUAUGAAGCUAGGUCUUAUGCUUAGGCAAUCUCCAGCUCACUUGGAACACUGACAGAAGAGUGUUUUCAUGUCUGUAAUCAAGAAAAUAAUCCCAGAUACAUUCCUUUUACUGGACCUUGAAUUGAUCCUAAUGUUAGUAGUAAAGGUAUUUUGUUACCUGUCAACAGCACUGCAAACUACCUUUUUUUUUUUUUAUCAGAUUAAAUUUUACUGUUAGGACUCAAUUUGAAGUACUAAUGCUUCUCAAAUUCUCUAUGAGAGUUACUCUAUCUUAAACCAUGACCUGUAAGAAUUAAAGGGUAAAGCACUAACCAGAAAAGAAAGAAAACAAUAGCAACUGGUGAGCAGAUUCCUUCCUUCCUGAAACUCCUUCCUUCCUUCCUUCUUUCUCCUCUUCCUACCUUCCUUUCUUCCUUCCUACUUUCCCUCUCCUCCUCUACUUUCCUCUCCCCUCCUCCUCUCCCCUUCCUCUUUUCUUUCUCUUUUUUUACUUAAUCCCCAGUGCAAUAGUAAUAUAGGCCGAUUUCUAGAAGUGUGGUGUAUUACGGAAUAUGAGUUGCCUUGGUUCUUACUUUCAGUUGAAAGUUCUACAGGAUCUAGAAAUGAAACCAUAAUGGCAUGGAGAGUGAUGACAACCACAGAGGAAUGAAGAGCUCCUGGAGCAUUUAGGCCAUUUCUAUGCCAAGCUUAUUCUGCAUCCACAAAAUCAUACAUGUCAAUAUAAACACAAUUUGGAGGCUUCUUUAACCCACUUAGAAAAUCUGGUAAUUUGUGUGUCGGCAAUAGAUAACAAAAAAAAUCUUAUAAUAAUCUGAAUAUCUUGAUUAUUUAAGUAAGCGGUAAUUUAUUAUAUCCUUGAAAGUACAUAUUAAUAUAAUAUUGCAAAAAUGACUUUGGUAUAUUACAAAUAAAAGUAUGUAAGACUAAACUUGAUUUGCCAUCAAGCCCCAAACAGUUUUUCAACUGGGCAUUGAGUUCUAACUUUUCUAAGAUAGCAGUUUUUGAAGGGACACGAACUAAAAUCAGAAUGAGUUCAUGAGCCUUAAGGUAAACCUCUUGCUGAAAUAAUCUUUUUAAAAUCAAAAUUUGGUAUCAGACUCAAAAUCAUUUAAAGACUAACAAAACACAAUCAUGGUAUUCUGACUGUGGUCAAACCAGGUACCCAAACCCCUGCCCUGUGCAACACCUUUCCUGCUCUUCCCCUCCCUCGUAGGCUGGUGGUUAUGCUCCAUGGCUCUAAGUUCAGCUAGAAUUCCUUUUAUAGAGAAACCAACAUGAUAAACACAUUCAUGAUGAUGGGAGAAAAAUGUGGGAGUGAACUGAUAUUUAGAAAGCAGCAGUCAGGCAUGGUGGCUCAUACAUGUAAUCCCAACUUGGGAGGCUGAGGCAGGCCUAUCACUUGAGGUCAGGAGUUUGAGACCAGCCUGGCCAACAUGGUGAAACCCUGUCUCUAUUUUAAAAAGUACAAAAAUUAGCCGGUGUGGUGGCACACGCCUGUAGUCCCAGUUACUUGGGAGGUUGAGGCAGGAGAAUCCCCUGAACCCAGGUUGCAGUGAGCCAAGAUUGCAUCACUGCACCACACUCCAGCCUGGGCGACAGAGCAAGACUCCCUCUCAAAAAAUAAAUAAAUAAAUAAAAAUAAAAAAUAAAAAAGGCAGAAGCCCUGGAUUCAAAUCCACCACACACUCAGUUUUCUUAUCGGUAAAAUGAAGACCCCCUGACUGAACAGUGAUUCUGUGACUCUUAGAAACAGUGGUAAGAGAUGCUACAUUUUUGGUGCUUGUUCAGAUGGAGGAAGGAUAGUUAACACUCAGGUAGCAAUUAUUUUGAAGGCAGUAUAAUAUAUCUUCUUAAAAAGUAUACCUACUCAAAUAUUGGUAAAUGUUGACAUGCCUGACCUAAAUGAUGAGGAGUAUUUUAGAAAAACACUAAGUCCCUGCAGAUAAAUGACAGUGUUGAUUUGGGUGCUUAAUGUAUUACAUUUAGACUUGAACUGUUGGAUGUAUCAGAAAUGUUAAAAGCUUUUUCUCAACACUUCUGAAGUUUUUCCAAGAAAUCAAUGUUAUGUUUUGUUCCAGAAGCAAAUUUGCAUUUGUGAUCUGCUUCUAAAAAUGCUGUAAGUUACCUCUAUGUUUAGAAAGUGAAAAUAUCUGAUGCUAGAUUGGAAGUAUCUCUUCCUGGCGAACCCAGAAAGGUAAGAAUAGCAUAUUGUCUUACUGCAACAGAUAAGUUGCUUAUUGAGAAGUCUGUUUGUUAUUCUAUAUGAUAACAAUACAGUUGGUGUAUAUUUUAUGAUAGAUCCUUUCAUUUUCCUCAUAACUUUAGAUGGGGAAGGGGGGAAAUUAUGGUAUCCAGAUUAAUUAAAGAGCAUUGAAAGUCCACAGUACUGUAUCUAAAGUAGAAGCUUGGGUUUGUUGUAGACUUUACAUUAUAUCAACUAAUGAGCAGAUAUUUGUACAGUAUUGCUUACCAUUUUAUUGUAGUUUUUCACAGCCUUUUAUAGAUGUUUUAUAGCUUAUUUUACCAGUUUUCCCGGAAAAUUCCUUUUUUUUUCUUUUCUUUUUUUUUUUUUUUUUCAGAUGAGGUCUCACUCUGUUCGCCCAGGCUAGAGUGCAGUGAUGCUAUCUUGGCGUACUGCAACCUCCACCUCUAGGGUUCAAGCCACUCUCCUGCCUCAGCCUCCUGAGUAGCUGGCACUACAGUGCCCACCACCACACCUGGCUAAGUUUUUGUAUUUUUAGUGGAGAUGGGGUUUCAUCCUGUUGACCAGGAUGGUCUCGAUCUCCUGCAUGAUUUACCGGCCUCAGCCUCCCAAAGCGCUGGGAUUACAGGCAUGAGCUACCACACCUGGCCACUUUCUUUUAUACUAUAAUUAAGAAUUUAUUCAAAUGUUCAAAUUGUCUAAGACUGUAAAGUUUAUUGGGGAGAGGCAAUGACUACCUCUGAAUUUAGUAAAUUUAAAAUAUUUCUGAUUCUCAAUAAAGAACUAAUAUUCAUAUAAA